AGAGUCAGAAGCAGACGAGGUAACCAGCAAUAGCAGGCCAAGCUGAGAAUCCAAACAGGUCAGAGCAGGCAGCGCACCGAACGCUGGGCACUAGCUCACACGUGGCAAAGGAAACAAUCUGGAGCUGACUGGCUGUUAGAGGCAAGUUUAAAUAGGCAGUGAUACAGGUGGAAUGAUUUGCAGAUAAUUAGAAACAGAGCAGGUGAAGCUGCUCCACUAAUUGGCAGAGUUGAGCAGAGCAGAAGGUGGAAAACAAUCAGCCAGCCCAAAAAAAACAACAAACAGACAGGCUGCAUGACUGAACCUUUUCACAUGUUGUUCCAUUCUGACCUAAAGCCUGUUCUAGUCUAGGUUAACUUUCCACCAUAAGUCACCACAGUGACAGACCUAGAAACCCACUUUGUUAUACUGAGAAUCUAAAGUCUAUACCUGAAGUUACCUCGAUAAACUCCUAAUGCUGCAUCAUACUACACGGCAGGCCCCUGCAACGAGGGCUGAGUCAAAUCCCAGUCCUCUAGUCUAGGGCACGAGUCCUCCAUGUUUCAGGAAGUCACCUGGUUCAAAGCAUCAUGGAUCAUUUCCGUCCAUCAGGAGAACAUGUUGAUGACAGGCUGAAAAGGUUAUGGUUCUGAGAUCAUUGAUGGAGAAGAAGUCAAGCCCCACUCGCUGCCCUUCAUGGCUCUGCUGCAGUCAGGCAACUCAGUCUGUGGAGGAAUAUUAAUUGAUCCAAAAUGGGUCCUGACUGCUGCACACUGCAAAAACAUUAAAACUGUGACACUGGGGGUGCACUCCAUCAAAGAAAAGAAAACAGAACAGGAGUAUAGACAAGUCCGUAAAGUGAAGACAUACAGGCCUCAUCCCUGCUUUGAUCACACUGAAAAAGUCAAUGACCUCAUGUUGCUCAAGCUGGACAAGCCAGUAAAGCAAACCAAGUGGGUCAGAACUCUCCAGCUGAAUAAUGUUGUUGAAGAGCCGGAAGCUGGCUCCCUCUGUCUGGUGGCUGGAUGGGGAGCAACAGACAAAGAUGCUAAAGUUGGUUCAGAUGUUUUGAUGUCUGCUAAUGUUACUGUGAUCGACAGAAUGAAGUGCAACUCUGAAAAAUAUUACAACCUUGACCCUUAUAUUAAUAAGCACAUGAUAUGUGCCGGGUCAAAUGGGAAAAACGAAGCUGACACCUGCCAGGGGGAUUCAGGAGGACCAAUAAUGUGCAAAGGAGUUCUUGUCGGAGUCACAUCUUUUGGAGAUGAAUGUGGAUCAGUAGAGAAGCCUGGAGUCUACACUUUCCUGUCAGAAAAAAAUCUUAACUGGAUUAAGAAGACAAUGGAGGCACCUGCAGCUGAAUAACUCUUCUCUUUGAGUGAUGCAGAUAUGUUUUUCUCUUUUUUUGUUGUUGUGCUGCUUUUAUUUAAUCUGCAUUUUGUUACAAGAAAAGUGUGUGUAAAGAAAAAAAAAUACAAAUAAAAA